UCCUUCCUCUGCUCCCGACGCACACGAAUCCCCGCCCCUCUUGCUCUGAUCUGCUCUCGCCGCGCGUUCUAAGCCCGGGUCAUGUCGACGGCCAUCCGCAAGCGCCCGGCGGAGGGACAAGAACCGCGCGUCCAUGGCGGCAAGAAGCCCCGAUACGCGUUUGGAAGCAUCUCCGACUACAAGAAGCUUGAGGUGCUUGGAGAAGGCACCUACGGCGAGGUGUUCAAGGCGCGCGACCGCCGCACCGGCAAGAAAGUCGCCGUGAAGUGGGUCCGCGGCAACGGGGCCGGCGGGCACGGCCCGCCCGACAUCCGCGCGAUCACCCGCGAGGCCGGCUGCCUCGCGGCGUGCCGGGGUCACGAGUCGAUUAUCGAGAUCUUGGAUGUGGCGACUGACGCCAAGACAGGGGAUGUGUUCCUCGUCAUGGAGCUCGUCGCCGACGGCCGCACCCUCCGCGAGUCGCUCUGGAGGCCUGUAUCCGAGGACGCGACCCGAGUGAUGAUGGAGCAACUCCUGGACGCGGCCAAGAAGAUACAUGAAGCCGGCGUCAUCCAUCGGGACUUCAAGCCGGAGAACGUCAUGGUCGGCUUCUUCGGCGGGCUCAAGGUUGGUGACUUUGGGUCGGCGAUGCGGGCGAAGCCGGCCGGAGUGCCCUAUGAGGAGUGCUGUGUCGGCACCCUGAUUUACACCUCGCCGGAGCAGCUGGAAGGCAACCGGUACUACGGCCAGGCCGUUGACACGUGGGCGCUUGGGUGCAUCAUGGCGGAGAUGUUGACCGGCGCGACACUCUUCGUGGCGGAGACAGAGGAGGAGCUGCUCGCCGAGAUCUACAAGCUGCGAGACCAGAUCACUUCUACGGGGAAGCUGGAUUUGGAGUUCUUGGAGGAGCUUUCAGAAGCCGGGCGUGAGGUCCUGACCGGCCUGCUAUCCUUCAACCCCGACGAGAGGAUCACGGCGGCGGAAGCGCUCGAGCACCGGUGGUUCAGCAAGCCCAAAGGAGCAGAGCACCCUGGCUUUGUGUCGCUGAGGAGUUAAUUAGCUUGAUGUAGCAUCUGAUAGGUGCAGUGCCACUAACACUGAGUUAGCUUAAUUACCGUGUUAGUAUGUACUGUAAUUAGUUGCAGGGCCCAAACUUAGUUUAUGGGUUCCUCGCCAUGUAAUCCUCUGAGCAAUCAAUGAUUCGGUUACUGUAGCAUGGAAAUUA